GGCAAUAGGGCUGGCGUUCAUCAGGGCACUGACUUUCCCUCGGACAUCGCAUCGGGCCAACUGCGCAGCGGAAAACAGGUGCGGGACCACGGAUAACGCAGUGGUUAAUUUUAGCGAUUAUUGAUUGGCAACAUGGCCUGCCGCACAUCCUUCCUGAAAGGCGUUCUCAUCAUACUUAAUGUCCUGCUUUCGUUGCUUGGCGUGACUCUGAUUGCCCUGUCGAUAUAUGAGCUGAAUAGCUCCACGCCGGGCACCUUCGAGCACAUUGCCAUUGUUGUCCAGAUCUUCGUGGGUACCUUUGUGGUCUUGACCUCGUUUCUGGGCUGUUUCGCCGCCGCUCGGGAUUCCCUCGGACUCGUGUGGAGCUUUGUGAUUUGUAUGCUGAUCCUGCUGUGCCUGCAGGUCUACAUCAUUGCGGCGGCGCACUCCACGGACUAUGUGGAGCGGUCCAAGAGUGACUUCCUCGCCAUCUGGGCGGAUCAGAAGGCCAAUGUCCAACGCAUAUCCCUCAUUGAACAGAAGUACUCCUGCUGUGGUCAGUCCGGCGCCCACGACUAUAUACUGCUGGGCCGGGGCAUACCCAUAAACUGUUACAAAGCCUUUGAGAGGCAAGGGAACUCCUUAUUCAGCCAGGGAUGUCUGCAGGCGGUGCAGGACCAUGCCACCGAUAAUGUGGCCAUCGGACUUGUCAUCAAGUGGCUGCUGCUGCUGGUGGAGCUCGCCGCCCUGGCCGCCGCCACGCACUUGGGCAUCACGGUGCGCAACGAAUUGCGGCGCGAGAGAUUCUAACAGGUCGCCCAUAGCGGACUACGGAAUCCCGAAUCACCCCAAAUAAACCGAUAUCUAUGAAUUUUUUAUAGCAGUUUGAGAUGAUCUGGAGGCAGCUGAGGCGUGGAAUAAGAAAUAAACCAAAAUGAAAAUA